AUGGAUGCUGAUGAGAGUCGAGACAUGUCCCGAGUUUCAGGGAAGGAAAGCCCCCCGGUGAGUGACACUCCAGAUGAUGGGGACGAACCGAUGCCCGUCCCCGAAGACCUUUCCACCACGUCUGGAGGACAGCAGAGCUCCAAGUCCGAGAGAGGAGCGGUUGGUAAACCUCACAAAUGUGGAUAUUGUGGCCGAAGCUAUAAACAGCGAAGCUCUUUAGAGGAACAUAAAGAGCGUUGCCACAACUACUUGCAAAGCAUGGGCCUUCCAGGCACGCUGUACCCAGUCAUUAAAGAAGAAGCUAAUCACAGUGAGAUGGCAGAAGAUCUGUGCAAGAUAGGAUCAGAGAGAUCCCUCGUGCUGGACAGACUAGCAAGUAACGUCGCCAAACGUAAGAGCUCUAUGCCUCAGAAAUUUGUUGGGGACAAGUGUCUGUCGGACAUGCCCUACGACGGCGGCGCCAGCUACGAGAAGGAAAACGAGAUGAUGCAGACCCACGUGAUGGACCAAGCCAUCAACAACGCCAUCAGCUACCUGGGGGCCGAGUCCCUGCGCCCGCUGGUGCAGACGCCCCCGGGCAGCUCGGAGGUCGUCCCGGGCAUCAGCCCCAUGUACCAGCUCCACAAGCCCCACGCGGAGGGCCCCCCGAGGUCCAACCACGCGGCCCAGGACAGCGCCGUGGAGAACCUGCUGCUGCUCUCCAAGGCCAAGUCCGUGUCCUCCGAGAGGGAGGCGUCCCCGAACAACAGCUGCCAAGACUCGACGGACACCGAGAGCAACGCCGAGGAGCAGCGGGGCGGCCUCAUCUACCUGACCAACCACAUCACGCCCCACGCGCGCAACGGCCUGUCCAUCAAGGAGGAGCACGCAGCCUACGACGUGCUGCGGGCGGCCUCCGACGGCUCCCAGGACGCCUGCCGCGUGAUCGGCGCGGGCGGGGAGCCCAUGAAGGUGUACAAGUGCGAACACUGCAGGGUGCUCUUCCUGGACCACGUCAUGUACACCAUCCACAUGGGCUGUCACGGCUUCCGUGAUCCUUUUGAGUGCAACAUGUGCGGCUACCACAGCCAGGACCGCUACGAGUUCUCGUCCCACAUCACCCGGGGCGAGCACCGCUUCCACAUGAGCUAA